AUGUUGUUCGGUUAUAGAAUGGCGGACGAAGGCGGGGCAGCGACGACGACGCGCAUCCGCAAGCAACCCCGACCUGAAAUACAACUAUACCGCCCUGGGAUGCUUCGAAAAGGGGACAGCACGAAAAGUCUGGCGAACGAUGAGCGACCACCGAGACCAGAGAAAAUCGAAACGAGUCCGUCGACGACGACGACGGCGGCGAAUCGCCGCCGCAGCAGCAACGACGCGGAUGGUGUGAGGUCGCGCGGCGGCUCCGGCAGCACGACGCCGGACGCGAACGUCAUGAACGACAAGUACACGCGAUUCGGUGCGAAUAGUCGACAACCCGAAUCGUCAUAUAAUUCGACGAAAUCGUUGUAUGAUAGCCGAAAACCCGGCGGCUACACGGAAUACAACGGACGAAAUCAUCAAAGGAACAAUCGGCUUCCGUUUGAGAGGUCCAAUAAUCGCAAUUCGUCAAGUUCGUACAAUGAGCGAGCGUCGAUGCGAGGCGACGUGGCGAUGACGAGACGCAACGUCGUCGGCGGCGGACGGCGACGGAAUGAUUCGAUGAACAGCACGCAGAGCGAAAUGCCGCAGACGACGGCCAAAGCGGAUCCGCUUCAUAUCGACACAUCGUACGAUUCGAAAUCGCAAUGCGGCGCCUCGUCGGCGUUCUCGAUGAACUCGCUGGGCGAGGCGAUGUCGUUCGAGGAGAUGUGCCAAUCAUUGCAAUCAUUCUCGUCGAUGGAUUGGAGCAAAGAAGUCGAAAACGAGAUCGCCGAGCGUUUGGAGCGCGAAGAAGAGGAGAAGCGGCUACACGAGUCGCUGAUGCACGAAGCCGAUGAGCGAAAGCGCAAGGAUGAGACGCGAGCGGCGCAGUCGACGCGCGCCGCCGUCGCACGUCAUCGCGGCGGAUUGCAGGAGACCAACGGCGCCCAUCACGAUAGCGAUCGAGAAUCGUCGUUUGGCGGAAGUAUUGCCGAAGAGGAGGACGAUAAUGAUGAAUUGCCGAGCGGCGAACGAACGCCGACGUCGGUGCGCAGCGGAUAUCACCGCUCGACGAAAAAUGCGACGGGACGACGCGAGAAACCCGAACGACGAUAUCGCGGCGAGCAUGAUGAUCGCGAUGAUGAAACGACGGAAUAUGAUUCAUUAUCAUCGCAUAUGACGUCGGGACGAUUGGCUGGACGAAUUUCGAUAGUGAAACGCGCGAUACCGGGAGAUGUGCACGCGGAAAGGACAUCGCCGCGUCGCGAUUAUCGUCAAUCGGAAGAGUCUCAACGCGAAAAUGCGAAUCCGAAAUUCAGCGAGGAGUCGAUGCUCAGAAGACGAGAUGAACCGGUGCGAUCGUCUCCUCCGCCGCCUCCAGCUUCUACUUCUUCUUCGACAUCGAACGAUGAGGUUCGAAUCAAUGAGAUUGCCGAGAAAAUUGCGAAAUUGGCACCAUUGGUGGCGAAAAAGCGCGAUGUUGAAGCGGCGAAGAAGGUUGUUCAGCUCAGCGCCGACAUGUCGAAAUAUUACUACGAUCAAAUAUUUGUCGACAUUUUCGGCACAUUCUCGUCGAGUUUGGAGCAGCAAUUGUUCAGAAACGCGUUUUAUAAGCCAAUUGAAUCGCUGAGAAGCGGCUCGAACUCGGCGUCGCCGAAUGCGAAACUCAUUCGCGCCUCGUUUCAACGAUUAUUGCUCAAUGGUAUCGAUUUCUACGAGACUCUCAUCAACGAUUAUCAAGUGCGAUUCAAAAUCGAUUUGGAAUCGACGCUGAUUUGGCCGAACGGAUUUCCGAGCGAUGAGCAGCUCAAUGAGCAUUUUGUUGAUCUACCCGCUGGCUCGUUGAAGUACUCGACGACGAAUCAGAAGAUCGCAAUAAAAUCGCUUUCGCGCCAUUUGGUGUCACUUGGUGAUCUCCAUCGCUACAAGACGCUUGUCGAUGGCUGCGAAGACUAUUCGACGUCACAAAAAUUCUACUUGAGAGCCUCCCAAUUGUGGCCGACGUCGGGUCACACGUACAAUCAAUUGGGCGUUGUUGCUUAUUAUUCGAUGCUGUACAGAAGCGCGAGACGCGCUCGCCUCAUUCCCGUUGACGUGUUGUCGAGGCAGAGACAGUCGCGUGUAAUCGAUGAGAUAUUCUACCUGGUUCGCGCGCUUUCGUGCAAUUAUCCGUAUUUGGCGGCGAAAGAUCGAUUGGCGCAAAGGAUUGACGCAAUGCGAGCCAAGGUGUCGAAAUACGAGCCGCUACUCGAUUCGGAAUGCGGAAAACUUCGCGACGAGAUGAGAAUGAUGUCGAAAGUGGAGCGCGCGCGAGAAGUGUGGAUCGAUUUGGCAACGGGAAAAGCCAUCGAUGACGCCGGCGAGACGAUUGUCGACGACAUUCUGGCGCAUUUCAUCGAGCAGUCGGCCAGCAAGCUUCAUCGUCGAGCUGUCAGCUAUCUGAUCGACGCGUUCGGAAUGUUGGUUAAUAAAAUUGGAAUGGAGCAUUUUUCGAGCGUCUCUGAACGAGCUUUCGCCCUAUUGCUCGCCUCGUUGUCGAAGCCUUACUCGGACUUCUCGUCUCGACAACUCGUCCAGCUCACCGCCAUGUUCAUCUACGCUGUACACAGCGCGGCGAAGAAGGAGAUGAACUCGCCGCAGCAUCACACCGCCGUUUCGGCGCUCUUCACGCUUCUCGCCGUUCUUUUGAAGGUGUUCACCGAGGAGAAGUGCGAAGUUGGUUGUGAUCAUGAGCUCGCGCUCACUGAGAAGGCUCUCAUCGUGCUACCGUCGAUCAAUCUGAUAUCGACGGCUGUGCGAAAAUCUGAUGCACUUCAGCCAAACGCGAUUGAGCUAUUGCCAUCGAGCAUCGUCACGUUGAGCAUGACCGCCAUCGUACGCCGACUGGAGCAACAGUUCGAGGUGAUCGCGUCGUGCUCGCCGCAGGAAGCUGGACUAGCUUUUCCGGAAAAUGUGUUCCUUGCGUCGUUUUGCGGCAUCUUCGACGGAUAUCCGACGAAAGCGGAUGUGUUGGAGGGACGGAAUGAGAGUGAGCAGACGAAUCGAAGUCGAAUCUUCAACGUUCUGAAAGCGAUGGAAAUGAUUCGCGAUCGCAUACCGACGGACUCAUCGAAUGAUUCGGGCAUUUCGACGGAGAAGGAGGAGAAGCCGAUUGGGCGCGAUGAGCUGCUCGAGCUUGAGAAGCGCAAAAAUCGAUUCGUUCUCGUCGUUCAACCCGAGAAUCUCGUCGUCGACACGAACGUCUUCAUCGAUCAUUUGGACAUUGUGAAGCGAAUUGUUGAGAAAAAGCACCACAAAAUAGUGGUCCCGACAAUGGUUUUGACCGAAUUGGUCGGUUUGUCGCUUCCGUCGGUGUCUGGACGAGAUAAUCUGAUCGAUGUGAGCGGCGGCGAACAGGAGGAAUACGUUCGCGCGAAUGCGAAAGUCGCUGUCGCGUGGCUCAAGGAGCGAUCUCGAACCAAAUGUCCGCAGAUGGCGACGUUGACGACACAAGGCAAGAAGAUCGCGUUCCUCGUCGCCACUGAAGAUAAUACUAACCAUAAGAAGGAGCGAAAGGUGAACGAUGAUCUGAUUCUGGAGAGUUGUCUGAAUCUGAUCGCGAACGCGGUUGCGUCGCCGUCGCCGUCGAUACCGUCGAGUGUCGCCGAAUCGCACGAGAACGUGAUCCAUCGAAACGUGGUGCUGCUCACCGAGGAUCGCGGACUCUCGAUCAAAGCGAUGUGCCAACGCGUGCCGUGUCGACACAUUCAACAGUUUUCGAGUCUCGCAUCGAUUUGA